UGUUUCGAAGUUCCGGUUUCUGAUUGUGGUGGUAAAAUACGACAACACAGCCAUGUUUGGAUUACUUUGAUAGCAAGAGUAAUACAAAUGACAAACAUAAGUCUUUUGGUGUUUCUCCUCCUGUUGCAAGGACUACAUGCUGCUACAGUUAAAGAAAAGAAGACAGGAAAAGAUGUUCAUCAUUUCCCUGGAAGUGAUAAGGAUUUGCCUAAGUCUGUACUGUCAAGUAAAACAGGGAAGUUGAUUAAAAGCACUGGUGUCUUGUUGGUGGUCCGAGCAGGCCAAAAGUUGGGUGACUGCAAAGCAGCAUGUAGAGAUGAAUUCCUCAUUAAUUGUAAAUUCUACAGAUAUAUGGAAGAAAGGAAGUCUUGCUUACUCAUGACGUCCAAAGGGCUCAAUGGUACGCCAAAAGCCAAAUCAGAGGAAAAGCAGGAUGACCCAAAAAAGGAAAACGAAAAAGGAAAAAAAGCUGAGUCAGAUAAAAAAAUUGUUGGAAAAGGUCAAUGA